AUUGUGGUCCGGCGGCGGGGGGCGAACAUGGCCGAGAAGCAGAAGCACGAUGGGCGGGUGAAGAUCGGCCACUACGUGCUGGGGGACACGCUGGGGGUCGGCACCUUCGGCAAAGUCAAGAUUGGUGAGCACCAGCUGACGGGGCACAAAGUGGCAGUGAAAAUACUGAACAGGCAGAAAAUCCGCAGCCUGGAUGUGGUGGGGAAGAUCAAGCGGGAAAUCCAAAACCUGAAACUCUUCCGGCACCCCCACAUUAUCAAACUGUACCAGGUCAUCAGCACACCAACAGACUUCUUCAUGGUCAUGGAAUACGUGUCCGGGGGGGAAUUGUUUGAUUACAUCUGUAAGCACGGACGUGUCGAGGAGGCAGAAGCCCGACGCCUUUUCCAGCAGAUCCUGUCUGCAGUGGAUUACUGCCACAGGCACAUGGUGGUGCACAGGGACCUGAAGCCAGAGAACGUGCUGCUGGAUGCACACAUGAAUGCAAAGAUAGCUGAUUUUGGACUGUCCAACAUGAUGUCAGAUGGUGAAUUUCUACGCACCAGCUGUGGUUCCCCAAAUUAUGCAGCCCCUGAAGUCAUCUCUGGAAGGCUCUAUGCUGGCCCAGAGGUGGACAUCUGGAGCUGUGGUGUGAUCCUCUACGCCCUCCUGUGUGGCACUCUGCCUUUUGAUGAUGAGCACGUCCCCACCUUGUUCAAGAAGAUCCGUGGGGGAGUGUUUUACAUCCCUGAAUACCUCAACCGCUCCGUGGCCACGCUCCUCAUGCACAUGCUGCAGGUGGACCCCCUCAAGAGAGCCACCAUCAAGGACAUCAGGGAACACGAGUGGUUCAAGGAGGAGCUGCCCAGCUACCUGUUCCCAGAGGACCCUUCCUACGACGCCACGGUCAUCGACGACGAGGCGGUGCGCGAGGUGUGCGAGAAGUUCGAGUGCACCGAGUCGGAGGUGAUGAACAGCCUGUACAGCGGCGACCCCCAGGACCAGCUGGCCGUGGCCUACCACCUGGUCAUCGACAACCGCCGCAUCAUGAACCAGGCCAGCGAGUUCUACCUGGCCUCCAGCCCCCCCACGGGCUCCUUCAUGGACGACAGCGCCCUGCACAUCCCGCCGGGCAUGAAGCCGCACCCCGAGCGGAUGCCGCCGCUCAUCGCCGACAGCCCCAAGGCCCGCUGCCCCCUGGACGCCCUCAACACCACCAAGCCAAAGCCCCUGACUGUCAAAAAGGCCAAGUGGCACCUGGGCAUCCGCAGCCAGAGCAAGCCCUAUGACAUUAUGGCUGAGGUGUACCGGGCUAUGAAGCAGCUGGACUUCGAGUGGAAGGUGGUGAACGCCUACCACCUGCGGGUGCGCCGCAAGAACCCCGUCACGGGCAACUACGUGAAGAUGAGCCUGCAGCUCUACCAGGUGGACAACCGCAGCUAUCUGCUGGACUUCAAAAGCAUCGAUGACGAGGUGAUGGAGCAGAGGUCUGGCUCCUCCACGCCCCAGCGCUCCUGCUCGGCCGCGGGCUUGCACCGGCCGCGCCUGAGCAUCGACGCGGCCGCGGCCACCGAGUGCCAGUCUCUGAUGGGCUCCCUGAGCGGCUCCUUCGUGGGCAGCAUCCCCUCGGUGCCCCCUCGCCUGGGCAGCCACACCAUGGACUUCUUUGAGAUGUGUGCCAGCCUCAUCAUGGCCCUGGCCCGCUGACAACCCCUCUGCGCACUGUGAGGAUCUGCGCCGACUCGUCUGCUCCCUCCUUUCUUUUGCUUCCUUGUUCUUCCUCCUCCUCCUCCCCUCACUGCCCCACAGAGCCAAGUCCAGACCUAAAACAUGUUCCCCUCUAGCAAGGCACCAAGGAAAUUAACUUAAUUUCUCUCCUUGUGCCUGGCAAAAUGUAUCCAAUACUCUUUUUUCUUCUUUCCUUGUGAACCCCACGGGAAAUAUUAAGGCUGUAAAGUAACAAACAUUAUCACUGAGUUUUUGGAAAACACCUCCCCCUGGUUCAUCCUGAGGUAAUGGAGGCAUAGCCACGCUUCCUGCAGGGAGUUUGAGAUUUUCCCUGAUGCUGUGCAGAGCAGGGCAGGCUGGGCUGAGCCAGGGCAGAGGGGUUGACCAGGGAGCCCUGUCAGGGAGUGGAGGGUGAUGAAGCAGCUCUGCAGUGUUCACACCCAGGUGUCAGCCUCUCUCACACUUUCCUCCCCAAAGCAGCAGCUGCUUAGAUGCUUCUGCACUAGUGCAAUAUGACCUCCCUCCCCUCUCUUUUUCCCUCUGCUGAAGAUGGGCAGGGAAGGCGGGAUGUGCAAAGGUCCUGGUGCAAACCUGCCGUGGGGAGGCCACUCUUUGCAGAGGAGUGUCCCUAAGGUGCAAUCUUUGCAGAGGAGUGUCCCUAAGGUGCAAUCUUUGUCCCUGUCCACUCUCUGCAGAGAGUCCUGGUGCUUUAUUUUGCCCAAAGGCUCCGGACAGCACUGAGCUGCUCGCCACGCUCGGAGCUGAAGGCAGAUUGCCUUUUUCUCCCCUCCCUCCAGCGUGCUCCCCCUCCCCUGCCUCACCACGGUCUCCAGGGGCUGAAUCCCAAGCAGGGUUCAUGUGAGCAGAGGACAGGAUCUGGAUCACCCCCCUGAGGACCCAGUGCUUCCCCCGAGGGUUGGGAUCAUCCCUGAUGGGCAGGAGCCAUCAGCAGCGCACAGCUCCGGAGCACUCACCUCUCACCUUUCCUCUAGGAUGCUCUGCCUGUUGUCACCUCCCCAAAAUCACUGCCAAAUCUGCCUUCCCUGCUGCUGGACACUCACUGCCCUUGCCCAAGGGUUCUCCUGUCCUGCUGCUGCUGCCCACUGGACUAUGGCCUUCGCUGCUCCGCUGACCAGGCAGGGAUAUCCCAACCCGGAAUUUUACUGUUCCUUUGCUACUGGCUAUCUGAAGGAUGGGAUUUUAUUUUUUGAGAUGAACUGCGGGGAUUUUUAAGGUUAAAUUCUUGUUACCCAAGGGUAAACCCUAAUGCAUGUGUGACUUCUUUGUUUAAAAGAGUUAUUAUUUUUUAUUACACGGGAUUAAUCUAAUG